UGACAAGUCUGAGCAUUUUCUCUACAGCCCAGUCAUGGCGGAGAAUGGUCUCAGAAGCCAAGUAUCGUGCUGGAUUGUCGCAGUGCGAACGCACUACCUGGUCCUACUUUUCUUUACCUUGGUCGUGUACUUGCCACGCUUGUACUUCUCCUACUCAGUGUUCUUCUUGGCUCAGUUCCUGCGGCUGAUUGCGCGCAUUACUGGUGUGGCCACAGGUAGACCAGUCGCAAAUCGGCGUAUUCUGGUCAUCACAGACUACCUGCCGCCACAGACACACGGUAUUGCCAUCCGCUGCCAUGCCUACGUGAAGGAGAUGAGAGCCAAGGGCCAUGAGGUGAUUGUCUUCAGCACAGCCUACGAAGCCAACAAAGAGACCUCCUUUGACCAUCCCAACAUCCCGGCGGUGGUGAAUCCCUUCAACAUGAAAAACCGCAUCGGCUACAACCCCGGAGUGAAGUUGGCAUGGUUCCUGGGUGCCCAUACAUGGGAUGUCGUCCACUUGGUCUAUCCCUCCCUCAUUGGCACCUUCGUGUUGACGGUGUGUGCAUGGCGGAGAAUUCCAGUCUAUUGUUCUCACCACGUUGAGAUGAACAUGUUUGCCUACAAGCUUGUCCCAAUCAGGUGGGUGGCGACCUUUGGCCUGAAGAUGUACGACCUGCUUGGUCUUGCACCUGCUGUGAAGUGGGGUACGCUGAAUGCUGCGCCCACGCUUUGCUUCGCUCGAGAUCACUUGGGCAAGGAGAAUGAGGCUAAGCUGAGAAGGGUGCCUUCCGGCACCCACGACAUUUUCACGGCCACGCCAAAGAGUGAGACGGAGCGCAAAGACGUGCGCUUGGCCAAGUUUGGAGUCGACAGCGAGGAUGACAAGGUGAUCCUCAUGGUGCAGCGGCUUUCGGCAGAGAAGGGCACAGAACGAGUCUUCAAGGCCUUGCUGCCCAAGGAGGAGGGUGGCCAAGGUGUCAAGGGCGUGCUGGCCGUCGCCGGUGAUGGUCCGGCGAAGGAGUCUUUAAUUGAAGAAGCAACCCGGCUUCGGUUACGUGUAGUCUUCUUGGGCAACGUGCCUCACAAUGAGCUUCCCGCGCUGUAUCGAUCUGCAGAUCUUUUUGUGACCAUGAGUCUCUCGGAGACUUUCGGUCUUACUUCUUUGGAGGCCAUGAUGUGCGGUUGUCCAGCUGUGAUGCCAUUCUGCUCGGUGUUUGACGAGAUUUGGACAGACAAAACACCCAAGGAGUGGCACUACAACAUUGAAUCUCCCGAGGAGUUAGCCACCUCCAUCGCCGCGGCUCAAAAAAAUGGUCGAAAAUAUCUUCAAGAGCAUCCAGUUCAUAUGACCUGGCGCGAUGCUGCUGAAGACUUGCUCCAGCAGUACGAGGAAUGCAUCAAGAUGAAACAGAAAGACAGGGAGACACUCCGUGAGCUGGUUCAGUUUAUGGACCAUUGUUUCCGUGUGGCGAUCUGUGGUGCUGCAGCGACGUGGGUUUUGUGCAGAUACUACUGGCCAGCAAUCAAGAGUUUUGCCAGAACUGUUGGUUUGGAGAACCUCUUGCGUUGAGAAGCACAGCGAACAGAUUUUUGGGCGUAGCUACUGCAUGAAAUUCUCCAAUGGACCCAAGUCCAUUUGUGCAGUUGGCCAGAGGCCAUCUUUGUUUCUUUGCUUCUUGGACACGACAGUGAUUCGUUUGACAGUUGCAGUCGGGUGAUCGGCUGAGGUUUCCA